ACUAAUUUGUGUAAUAACAAUUAAGAAAUCCCUACCAACCUAUAUCUUCAAAUUUUACUGUCCAAUAACCUAAAUUAUGAGUAAUCUCGCCGAAGAACUUAGAGAAACCUUUGGCAAUGACAAUUUAUAUGAAAUAUUAAAUGUCAACGAUAAAGUAUCUGAAUCGAAUCUAAAGAAAGCAUAUCAUAAGGCGUCGUUGAAGUAUCAUCCUGAUCGGGUUGACGAAGAAAGAAAAGCCGAGGCUACAAAAAGAUUUCAGUAUCUCGGAAAAGUUUAUUCCAUUCUGUCUGACAAAGAGAAGAGAAAAAUUUACGACGAAACAGGUGAGAUUGAUGGAGAAGAUAUUAUUAUUGAUGAGAAUCGCGAUUGGGAAAAUUAUUGGAGAUUAAUAUUUAAACCCUUAACAAAGGAAGAUAUAAUUGCUUUUGAGAAAGAGUAUAAAGGAUCGGAAGAAGAAAAAACCGACAUUAAAAAGGCUUAUAUAGAACAUAAAGGGAAUAUGGACGAAAUAAUGAAUUCUGUUAUGUGUUCAACUAUCGAUGAUGAAGAUAGAUAUCGUAAAAUAAUAGAUGAUCUCAUUAAAACAAAAGAAGUUAAGGCCUUUAAGUCAUACACAAAUGAAUCAAAAAAGAAGAAAGAAAAUCGUAAAAGAAAAGCUGAAGAAGAAGCAGCCGAGGCUGAAGAGGAAUUAAGGAAAAUUAGAAAAGGAAAAGAUGACGAUUUAAGUUCAUUAAUUUUAGCUAGAAACGCUCAAAGAGGAAAUAUGGCCGAUGAUUUUUUUAAGAAUCUUGAAGCAAAGUAUGGCGGUAACCAGAAAAAAGGAAAGAAGAACGGUAAAGUAAAAAAAAAGUAA